ACGUGUUAGCGUGUCUUCUUAUCGAUAAAGGAAUUGUUCCCCGGGCCAAACUGUCCUCAUCGUCUCUCGGACUCCACACGCCCACCACUUGCGCAACUUGAAAGGCCACACAACCCAUAACCGCACUCGUUUCCUUUCCCGCCAGUUGCAAUUGCAAAAGAAAGCACAAAAACUCCCACCAUGGAAUCCAUAGACACCUUCACCCUCCUCCCCCUCGAACUCGACCCCGCAACGCACUCCAUCAUCGCCCCCCAAAACACCAGCAACGUCGUGGAAAAAGAACUUGAAGCGCUCAACAACCUCCACCGCAACCUCUUGCACGUUGAGACGCCCACUGGCACACCUCCCCCACCCGUCCCCGUCAACCCCAAGCGCUCCGCGCAAAUCGGCAAGCUCCGCGAAAACGGCAACGCCGAGUUCCGGAAGGGCAACCACGAUGCCGCAGCCAAAAUGUACACGCUAGCCAUCGAUAUGGCGCUCGCGCGUCCCGCGUGGGAACCGUCUGGCCUCGUCCGCGAAGAACUGUCGGGGCUCCUGAGUAACCGCGCGCAAGCCAAUAUGGCGCAGCAGAAGUGGGCGGAGGGCGGGAUAGACGCCGAGGCGUCUGUUGAGAUGAAGAAGGUGGGGAAUGCAAAGGCGUGGUGGAGGAGGGGCAAGUGUUUGCUUGAGAUGGGCAGGCUGGACGAGGCGGAGACGUGGGUGAAGCAGGGGUUGGAGUUUGAGGCGACGGAGCAGGAUCUUGUGAGUUUGAAGGAGGAGAUUGAGAGGAAGAUUAGGGGAAAGGCUUAGGUGUGUGUCGGUAGUAUAGGGUUGUAGGGAGAAGGCAUUGCUGGGCGUUUGGAGUGGGAGGACGGUUCCUUCUUUUUCUACUGUGCAUGUAUUUGUUGUAUGAUGCUUAUACGCCGUUUUUUUCUUCGUUUCAUCUCGCGUAUACAAUACAUUCACACGGUAACUCACAACUCAUCAGACAAAGUCCUUUGCGUGCACAAGAUACGUAUCUAUUCUUAAGCGGAAAACGCCGGGAGAAAAAAAG